GGGGGCUUUGGCGGCAGUCAGUAUACAUGGUCCGUGUCGAGUCGCCUCUCCAAUCCAAUAGAAACUAGUUAUACUCGCUCUGUAUGUCAUCAUCACUGUGAUGGCUCAUGGAGACAAAGAAACCCCCUACAGGUAGGCUUUGCCAUUGCUCAUAGUGGGAUGGCCGAGUGCAGGCAGGGCUGCUGGCCUGCUUCUCUCCGCCUCUUGCUGCCUCUUUUCAUUCCAUCCUUUCAUCCUCCUUUCCCGAUUCUUCCAUCCUCUUCCCUCCCUCUGUCCUUUUUUUUCUUAAGUUCCAGAGAUUUAUUCUCAUUGCUUGGUUUGUUCUUUUUUGUGCUUCCGUUUGUAUCACUGCGACUUUCCGGGUCGAAAAUCUAGAGCAUCGGUCUGGUGUGUGUCUCUCUACCUGUGAGUUGCCUGCAGUUACCUGCAUGGCUAUCGGUUUACCUGCACCGGGAAUUCGACCCCAGGUCCAUCGGGAGUAACCUGCGUGUUGCUUGCCUUGCUCGGUUUGCUCCAGUAUCUAUCGCAUUGCGGUUGGCAGCUUCGUCGAGAUGCAGAAAACUAGCGUCAUGAAUGCUAUUCCUAUCCAUCCUUUCCCUGCAG